GGGAAGAGCUUAUAGAGAAGAGUCACUCCCUCUGCGCUUCCCAGAGGAAGAGGGACACAGACGCUACUGCUCUCCUCCUGAGUGCGAGGUGGAUGUCCCCAGAGCUCCAGGACUGGGUGCAUCCUCCCGCCAUGGCCACCACCGCCUCCCCUCUGCCGCCCACCACCAAGGUGGCCAGUUCCGAGAACAGCAGCUCCUUCUAUGACUAUGAGUACUACCUGGAGGACCUGAUCUUCAUGGUGUGCAGAAAGGACGAGGUGCUGUCAUUCGGCAGAGUCUUUCUGCCUCUCUUCUACAGCCUGAUCUUUGUGCUGGGCCUGGUUGGGAACCUCCUCCUCCUAGCGGUCUUGCUCCGGUUUGUGCCUCGAAGACGGAUGACCGAGACCUAUCUGCUGAACCUGGCCAUCUCCAACCUCCUGUUUGUGGUGACGCUGCCCUUCUGGGGCAUCUCUGUGGCGUGGCAUUGGGUCUUUGGGAGCUUCUUAUGCAAGGCGGUGAGCACCCUCUAUACCAUGAACUUCUACAGUGGCAUCUUCUUCAUCAGCUGCAUGAGCCUGGACAAGUACCUGGAGAUUGUCUGCGCUCGGCCCUACCACCGACUGAGGACCCGAGCCAAGAGCCUGCUGCUUGCAGCCACUGUGUGGGCUGUGGCCCUGGCUGUCUCCAUUCCUGACAUGGUCUUUGUGAGGACGCAUGAGAACUCCCCCGGCGUGUGGGACUGCUAUGCGGAUUAUGGGGGACAUGGGACCGUCUGGAAGCUCUUCCUGCGCUUCCAGCAGAACCUCCUGGGGUUCCUCCUCCCCCUCCUUGCCAUGAUCUUCUUCUACUCCCGCAUUGGCUCUGUGCUGGUCAGCCUGAGGCCCCCGGGCCAGAGCCGGGCCCUGAGGAUGGCCAUAGCCCUGGUGGUGGCCUUCUUUGUGCUGUGGUUCCCAUACAACCUCACCUUGUUUCUGCACUCGCUGCUGGACCUGCAGGUCUUUGGGGACUGCGGGCUCAGCCAGCGCCUGGACUAUGCACUGCAGGUGACGGAGAGCGUCGCCUUCCUGCACUGCUGCUUCACCCCCGUCCUCUACGCCUUCUCCAGCCGCCGCUUCCGCCAGUACCUCAAGGCUUUCCUGGCCACUGUGCUCAGAAGGCAACAGGCCCUGCCGUCCAGCUAUUCUGAGAGCAGCAGGCUCACUGCCCAGGAAGAUGUAAUGGGCAUGAGUGACCUCGGGGAGAGGCAGGCUGAGAGCUCCCCCGACAAGGCUCUAGAUCUCUAGCGGACUGCUGGGACUUGAUUGCUAGUCCUGGGGUAUACUUGCUGUUGGUCCUUGCAAUUGUUACUCCCCCUCCCUGAGCCUCAGUUCAUCAUUUGUAAAAUGGAAAUAAUAAUAGUACUUGUCUCAAAAAGUC